AUGGACAGCAAGGUACUGACAAAAAAUUGUGGUAAAGAAUCUGAAUCCAGUUCAAAGCCCGUAAAAUCAACAAAGAAAAAGGCAUCUACUAUGUUUCAGUCUAAAGGCAAAACACCUAAUGACGCCAAAGAGAAAAAAAAAGGGUCUUCAAAAUGUAAUGAUGAAGAAGAAGAUGAGGAAACCAUAAAGAACUCAAAUAAAAGGGGAAAGAAAGGAAAGAAAUCCAAAAAGAAAGAAGAACGUUCUCCCUCACCUGUCAUUGAAGUGGAUAAUCUGGAAAAAUUUGUGCUCCGCCCAGCACCACAAGGUGUAACCAUCAAAUGCAAAGUCACAAGAGAUAAAAAAGGAAUGGACAGGGGGUGGUACCCAACUUAUUAUGUUCAUCUUGAUAAUGACAAGAAGGUCUUCUUAUUGGCUGGAAGAAAACGAAAGAAAAGUAAAACUUCCAAUUACUUAAUUUCGAUUGAUGCUACAGAUUUGUCCCGUGGUGGAGAAAAUUUCAUUGGGAAGCUGAGGUCCAAUCUAAUGGGGACAAAAUUCACAGUAUUUGACAAUGGUGAGAAUCCUGAAAAAGCAAAUUCUGACUGGUCCAAUGUGCGCCAGGAACUUGCAGCAAUUGUAUAUGAAACUAAUGUCUUGGGAUUUAAAGGUCCUCGGAAGAUGACAAUGCUUAUACCAGGAAUGGAUGAAGAAUGUGAAAGAGUACCAAUCCGUCCAAGAAAUGAUAAUGAUGGACUACUCCAACGAUGGCAGAACAAGAACAUGGAGAAUGUUAUAGAGUUACAUAACAAGAGCCCAGUAUGGAAUGAUGAAACACAGUCUUAUGUUCUGAACUUUCGUGGGCGUGUGACACACCCUUCUAUCAAGAACUUUCAAAUUGUCCACUCAGAUGAUGUUGAUUAUAUCAUCAUGCAAUUUGGUCGCAUAGCAGAUGAUGCAUUUACCAUGGACUAUAAAUACCCCAUGUGCGCAGUUCAAGCAUUUGCGAUUGCACUAUCUAGCUUUGAUGGAAAGUUAGCAUGCGAGUGA